CAGCUCGCUUUGUUAGCUCCAGGCCUGUGAAGUAUAAUGUCGCCCUGACCUGGCUAGGCAGCGCAUGUUCCCGGGGACCUUCUGUGCGUUGGUGGACAUUCGGUGAGGCCCCACAACAACCCCGGAAGCCUUUUCCAAGUUGCAGGGUGCGUAUCAAUAGAUCACGCCCAGGACUACAGUGAUACGAGGCAGCUUUGCCGGAACACUCUCGGCGUGCGCACGGCAUCGUGAGCAUUUGUCGGAGGAAAGUUGCCCCCGGUGCUCUCGGCGCGCCCGGGGCCAGCGGCCACCUGCGCCGCUGCUAGCGGCUGCUAGCUAGCCAGCCGGCAAUGGGCGACCAGGUUGGCGGCAUUGUGCUGCCGACGACGGGUGACGCGGGCGACGGGGCGGGCCCGCCCAACUUUGCCGCGCUGGCGGGACUGCUGGGCGGCCACCCCGGCGCGGCCGCCGGCUUCGCGCCGGCUCCGGGCGCUCCCGGCCAACCGCACCCUGCCCUGUCCGGCCUGGCGCUGUCCGGCAUGUCCCACCUGGCGCACAUGGACCCCUCCACCGCCCUGCUGCUGUCUGGACUGACGGCGCAACAGCCGGGCGGCGGCGACGCGGCGGCGGCGCAGAUGCAGUUCCUGCACAACCCCACUGCCGCAUACGCAGCCGCAGCUGCAGCAGCAGCGGCUGCAGCGGCCGCGGGUCAGCCCGCUGGCGUGCCGGUUGUGGACCACGGCCACCACCACCAUGCGCACCAUGCGCACCCGGUUGCGGGCGGCGCUGACGGCGGCGCCAGCGGCGUCAAGGUGGAGCAUGACGGCGGCGGCGGCGGCGGCGUGGGUGACGGCGGCGAGGAAAACGCGGCGGUGAGGGCUGCUGCUGCUGCUGCGGCGGCGGCUGAUCCCAGUGACCCGGAGGCUGUGGCGGCGGCACUGGCUGGGCGCAUGGCGGCUCUGGGUGCCAGUGUGAUAUUCGAGAAGAGCCUCACCGCCAGUGACGUCAGCGGCGGAGGCAGGGUGGUGGUGCCCAAGUCCAUCGCGGAGCAGUACUUCCCCCGGCUGGAGGCGCCCAGCGGCGUGACCAUCAGCGCGGCGGACCUGGAGGGGCGCGCCUACACCUUCAAGUGGCGCUUCUGGGUCAACAACAGCAGCCGCAUGUACCUGCUGGAGGGCGCGGGGGAGCUGCACAGGAACUACGGACUGGAGGUGGGCGAUGUAAUGGUGUUCGCUCAGAAGCAGGACGGCUCCCUGGUCGUGGCGGGUCGCUGCGCCAACAAGGCCGACAUGGUGAAGAAGCAGCCGGUCAAGAGGCCCAACACCGCGGCCGCAGCCACCGCCGCGGUGCAGGCGCAGCCGGGCCCGGCGGCGGGGCGGGGCGGAGGCCGGGACGCGCGCAGCGGCCGCACCCCCGCCCGCACCAGCACACCCGCGGCGGAGCUGGCUGCCCCGGUGACAGCGCAGUCCCCGGGCGCGGCGGCCGCAGCGGCGGCGGCAGCAGCAGCUGCGGCGACGGCGGCGGGUGUGGCAAUGGGUGGCGUGCGCAAUGGUGCUGGCAUGGGCGCGGGCGCGGGUGCGGCGGCAGCGGCCGCGGACCGCGGCCGCAAGCGCAAGGGCCCAGGCAGCGGGGCGGGGCAGUGGGCGGGCGGUGCCGUGGACGGAGGGAGGGGCGGCGCGGCACGCAGCGGCGGGCGGGCUGGCGGCGGCGGCGGCUAUCCGGGCUACGGCUACGAGGGCGGUGCGGGUGUGGGUGCGGGCGGCGAGGAGGUGUGUUUGUCGGUCCUGGACAUGGAGGCGCCCUCGGACGGCGUGUUCAGGGCGGUGGUGCUGCCAGCCAACGGCACCAGCGGCGGACAUGCCAGCACCGGCGCCGGCACUGGCGGCAGCAGCCCCGGUGUGGGUGUGGGCGUGGCUCUGGCGCGCAACAACCGAUGGACCGCCACCCUGGACGUGGCGGGCGAGCUGUACCAGGCCUACUUCGACUGCAGGGACGACGCGGUGGAGGCCCUCACGGCGGCGGGGGCCUCACCCUGAGGGGCCGGGGGCAGAGGGUUGGGUGCGGGUGCGGGUGCAGAUGGGGAAAUAGCAGGGAUGCCGGUGCGUUUUGCCUAGGGUGACGUGAGCCAAGCCGGGGAGCAGCAGUGGAUGUAGGUCUAGGGCAGGAGGGGGUGUGAGCGGCGCGGGCAGGUCAGGCUGCUGCAGUGUGUGUGUGUGUGUGUGUGUGUGUGUGUGUGUGUGUGUGUGUGGGUGGGUGUGUGUGGGUGUGGGUGUGGGUGGGUGUGUGGGUGUAUGUGUGUGUGUGAGCCUGCAGCCGUACCGUGUACAUGUAGCGACAUGGCCGCUUACAGGCGCUGCACGAGAGUACUCUGGCGAUGAUGGUGAUGUAGGUGGAAUCGCAUUAGCUGCUGGCGGAGCCCGUUCAGUUUGGGGCUGAGACGGAGGACUGCGCAGACGGCGUGUUGGCGGCAGUAUCUGUAGAACCUAUCCCCAGCAGUAGACGCGUUGCGGGGCAGCUGCUACAAGUGUACAUACAGGGUGUAUAUGUAGAUCUGUUCUGUUCCUCUUACACCGUCCUGAGUGGUCGUCUGUUCUAGGCGUCAACUCAACACAUUGCUUCGGCGUGUCCGCGUGUGGGGAUGCCGCGUUGGCGAGAGCCACGGAUGGCCCUAAUACCGUGGGGGCAUGUCGCACCUGUGGAGGGCACUGCAUUGAAGCGGAAUGCCACGGAUGGCCCUAAUACCGUGGGGGGGGGGCACUGUAUUGCGUUGUAAACGCAUAGAUGACUGUCCCCGACUUGCAUUCUCAAGUCGCCAGUGACAGCUCGAGAGCUCCGCUUCUAAACAGACCUACGUUGAACACCACUGCGAUUACAACACUGAUGACCACUGACUGCGGACUGCCCAACUUCGCUCUGUCCGAGAAUGCACCUACACCUUGCCUAACUCCAUUCGUCACUUGAUGACCCACACACCCACACUCGCCACGGCGCUACCUUGCUACUCAUAACAACAGCCUCGUGGGCUAGUAAAUGACUCUUAGCUCAUUCAGUAAACUGGUGUGACAUCCCGCCAUCUUCAGGCGUUCAAUCGGCUGCAAGUAAC